AUGGUAGGUUUCAGAAGGAAGUCACAUUCAAAACAUGAUUCAAAAACCGAUAUCAAGGUUUCCAAAGAAGAUCAAGAAAGAUUAAAGGUUCGUACUGCCUCUGUCGCAGAUCCAAUUCUAGAUGCUGUUCAAGAAGCUCAACCUUUCGAACAAGCCGCUGAUACAUUCCAAGAUAAUAUUAAUCGUUCUUCCUAUCUGUCAAAUGAUCCAAAUGAAAUCUUACGUGAUAUCUUCGGUCAACCAAUCACUGUUGCCGAUGUAUCCAACCCAACAAGAGCAAGAGAUGAAAGACCUUUAGAUACAAUUAGAUCUUUUGAAUAUGCCAUAUCUGGUGAUCCAAUUUGGGCUGAACAGUUAGAAACCUCUACUUAUGGUUUCAGACCAAGACCCGAUUUUCCAACUUUUGGUACUACAGCUUAUGAUCAAAACGGUAUGCCAAUCCAACCUGUCCAAAUGUAUGGUGAACAAGGUGUUUACCAAGCUCCAAUAACUGGUCCAUCAGACGGUAAGAAGAAAAAGAAGAGAGGUUUAUUUGGUAAGAAGAAAGCAAAGAAGUCAAAGAAAUCUGAUGAUGAUUAA